AUGUUGCAAUGUUAUCCACAUAUGGGUAACUGCUUGCUGGCUGUUGUUCGAGGAUUCCUGGAGGAAGAGAAAUUGUCCGGAACAGAGAUUUGUAGCUAUAGUUCUGCAGAUCUGGAACGUGACUCCCAAGCCACACAUCACUUCUCCACUUUUCUUUUCGAAGUGGCAGCUCAGUAUCCCUCAAUGGCUCAAUCGAUCCUUCCGCUAUUACGUCCCCGCCUUGAUGAAGACCCUUACCAAAUGCGUAAUUGCGCACUUUCCGUUAUAGGUGAGGUAUUAAGGGGUUUCGCGCGGCGUGAACAGCUGGAUUCAAAGGAACGUAUGCAGCGCGACAAGCUUUUGGAUUUAUUACAGGAACACAUUCACGAUGUUAACAGCUUCGUUCGAGCGAAGGCAUUGCAGAUUUGGCAUAAUAUCGUGACCACAGGGGUAGGCUACUAUAUUUUCUUUUAUGUAGAGAAACUGGGUUUCUAA